GGCCUAUGUUCCUCUAAGCUCGGGAGCUCCAUCGCCUACCAAGCAAGGAACCUCCAGUGUACGACCACUGCAUCCUAUUUUAAGAUUAUACUUUUCGCAGGGCCAUAUUGGACUACAUAUUUCGACAUCCUCCUGUUCUAUCCUUUCUAGCGGAUUGCGAUUGUAAUCUCGUUUGUUUGUGCCUACUUGAUUGAGUGUUCCCCGCUAUCGACGUGGUUCGCCGUCUGUUCGCCAGGCUUGCACCUCCACACCACCUACCUAUCUCUACGUCUGCCUUAAAUCAAGCCCAAAGAGCGAGCCAGCGACUGCCAAUUCUACCCACGAGUUCAAGAUACCUCUCCGCUUCUAUACCCACCUGGCGACUAUCACGGAACAUAAACCCUCGAGGCAGGAAAGCUCGAAGGAAAGGCAGCAAAGAUGUUUGCGACGAAGCGGUUACAAAAGGAACUGAUCAAGUUGAACGAGAAAUUACCCCCAGGAAUAACCCUCGUCAAGGCCGACGACCUGAAAGAAUGGCUCAUGGACAUCCAAGUCAUGGACGACAACCCAAUCUACAAGGAUGAAACCUAUAGAUUGAAAUUUACUUUCAGCGGCAACUACCCCAUCGAGGCUCCAGAAGUCGUCUUCACACCCGUCCAAACGCCCUCACGGCCGAUUCCCCUACACCCACACAUCUACAGCAACGGUAUCAUCUGUCUCGACAUGCUUGCCCGGGAAGGUUGGUCACCGGUGCACAACGUGGAGAGCGUGUGUGUCAGCCUGCAAUCCAUGUUGACAAGCAACACGAAGCGCGAGAGACCAGAGGGAGAUGACAAGUUCGUCAAGUACAACACCAGGAGGCCGAAAGACAUUAACUUCGUCUUUCACGACAACGGUGUGUAAGGCUGAUCACGAAGGUACGAUGGCACACCUGCUGUGAUGGCGCGCGCGAUAACAGCGGAUGGGGGACAUGCAGAUCAAGAGCAAUAAAGAGGCACUAACGAAUUCAUGUGGAGUUUGGGUACUGCUGUACAUUUCUCCUUUUGCAUGGUGGGAAUCAUGGCGUUUCAUGUGAUGUUUUAUAGGGUCGUAGCAUACAUAUCUUGUCGAUAGAGAGACUCCAUGGCUUAUUACAACGAUUUCCCUUAU